GCUUUGUCUUGAGUGUGUAGCGCUCUGUGGAGCAGUGAGUGCGUGCUGGCCGCAGGAUGAGGAGCGCAGUGGAGCUGCUGGUGCUGGGGUUCUAUCUUGGGUUCCCUGUCAGGGCAGCCAGCCAUGCUGAGUGUGAAGUGUGCAAAGAAUAUUUGGGAGGAUUUUACAACUCUUUGACAAAAAGAAAUAUUGACCUUACACCAGCUUCCAUAGAGAGAGAAUUAAUUAAUACCUGUAAAGGCUCUACAGGAAAAGAAAACCGUCUGUGUUAUUAUUUAGGAGCCACCACUGAUGCGGCUACGAAGAUCCUAAAUGAAGUUACACGGCCCAUGAGUGCACACAUACCAGUUGACAAAAUCUGUGAAAGACUCCGGAAAACAGACAUUCAGAUCUGUGAGCUGAAAUAUGAGAAACAAUUGGACCUGGAGUCAAUGGACCUGGCUAAGAUGAAAGUGGCAGACCUUAGGAAGAUACUAGAUGGAUGGGGAGAGACAUGUCGAGCCUGCAUUGAAAAAACAGACUUUGUGGAGCUUAUAAAAGAGUUGGCUCCGAAAUAUACAGCGGGAAGCCAGAAGGCGGAUCUUUAACAAUGUGCCAGCCUACUGCAGAAUGAAUUGUCAUUAUGAACUGUACUUCCAGAACUUGAAUAAUUUCUAAAAUAUUCACAAAAUAAACUGAAUGUAACAAUAGACUGUGCCAAAUAAAGUUGAAACAAUA